AGAAAGUGCGAUCAGGGCAGAGAGGCCCCGGACCCCGUAGAGGCCCCCUGCUCUGCUGGCUCCGCCCCUAUCACCCCCACCCAUCCAGGGUAUAGAAAUACUGCUGCAGUCCGGGCCACCGCCCACUGCACUGCGACCCAGACUAAGGGACUUCGCCUCUUAGUCUCAGCAGCUUAUCCGCCCGUGCUCUGCGCCCAUGGCUAAAGGUCCCUUUUCGCGCAAGCCCUGGGGUCCAGAGCAGAUGUAUUUCGACUCUGACCCUGAGUACGAGGGCCUGUUCGAUAAGCCUCCCCUGGAGGAGGGCCACACUGCGCGUGCACCUAAGUCUGCAUCCUCGGCUAGCAGGAAAUCUGGUCGGCGUUCGAGCGGGAGGGCUCCGGGGACCCGCGCUGGACUGUCCCGAAAGGCCGCUGUGCGUCCAGAGCCCAAGGAAGAAGAGCCUCCAGUGGAAGAGGGCUGCUACCUUGACCACUUCCCGCACCUCUCCAUCUUCAUCUACGCGGCCAUCGCCUUCUCCAUCACCUCCUGCAUCUUCACCUAUAUCCAUUUGCAGCUUGCCUAAGCGGCCAGGGCCCGACGGGGUGGGCGCAGAGUCGAGGGAAGGAGAGGGGAGAGGAAUGAGAAACGUAGCCUUUUGUUUCGGAGACGCGCUGCACCCCCUUCAUCUAGCAUUCGAUGCUUCUUUUCUUUGUUGUCGUUUUGUCUAACUGUUCAUCAGACGGUCCAGAGUCGCUGCAGGUAAUGAAAUAGCUGUGCUGCUUGUACAUUGAGUGCAAUUAGUAUAAUCCUAGAUUGAAUUGAACCCCGUUUGUAAUUAGGAUGUCUCUGUAUCCUACCACUUUGUGAGGUGAGGGCCUAGAAUUUUUGUGUUUGUAGAGCAGAGUCCAGCCUUCUGUUGUUUAAAGGAUGAACCAGACCCGAGCCUGCGGCCUCCGAGAAGGUACCGCAAGGAGAGUCAGCACCCUAGCUCGGAGUGCUGGAGCCUUGUGAUGCUGCGUCACCCCGGGAUGAACCAGCUGUGCCUAGUUCUUUCGGUUAGGACUCUGAGCACCAAGCUGGCGGACCUGGGAGAGCAGCGGAUAUGGCUGGAUGCUGGAGGAGGUUUUGUGGCUACCAGAACUGACCACCAGAGAGUCAACACUCAAGAUGGGUUUAUGGACUGUGUGGAACAGGAGACCACAAGUCUUCAGAGAUGGAGGCCUAGAAUUCGUGUGUUCCAUGAGAUGAGACUGAGGGCUUUCCUUUGCUGUGGUCCAAUGGAGGACUAUGCUAGAGAAUUCGAUGGUGACUUCAUUUCAGCCUAGAGGCCUUUUAAAGCUGUGGUACCAAGAUGAAGGGGCUGGGACUAAGGACUGUCAGUAACAGAGUUCCUGCUGAAAUCUGUCAUCUCAGACAAAAAAAGUGAAUACCAGAGCUCGCUUUUGCAGGUUUUUCACCUACCCACUGUUUAUUCAUGUCAGCUGUUCAAAUGCAAAACUUUUAACACUGCUAUACUCUGUGGAAAUGUCUAUAAUUGCAGUAUGUCUGAUGAAAUAAAUCAUAUUCUCAGUCUC